GGAUUCAGUGAUGGGGUGGUGAGGAUGGCAGAGCACCACAGUCAAGCCUAGACUGACUUCAUUGCAGUGUUUUUAUAUUGAUUUAAUCAUUUUUUGGGGUCAGUUUCCACCAAUUUGCUGCCAUGUUGCGGGUAGUAGUGGAAUCAGCUAAAGGGCUCCCUAAAAAGAAAGUUGGAAGUCCUGAUCCAAUUACAUCUGUGAUUUUUAAAGAUGAGAAGAAGAAAACAAAAUCAAUCGACAGUGAGGUGAAUCCGGUAUGGAAUGAGGUGCUUGAGUUCGAUCUGAAGGGCACUCCACUGGACUCCAGCUCCUUCAUAGACGUCAUUGUGAAAGACUAUGAAACGAUUGGGAAAGAUAAAUUCCUGGGGUCAACAAAAAUCUCUCUGAGAGACCUUGCAUCAGGUCACGCUAAAUCACUGCCAUCCAAAAAUGUGCCUUUGGUCAAUGAAAAUGGUCAAAAUAUUGGGGCUUCAAUUGAUCUUGUGAUUGGCUAUGAUCCUCCUGCCGGUGCUAUACCAAACCCCAAUGACUCUCAGGCAGGGGAUGCCACAGUAGAUGCUGGUGGAGGUGAGGAGGGGGAUGAGACUGUGCCAGACGGGGACCCUAGUGGUGGUGGGACUGCAGGUGGUCCCUCUCCUUCCGGUCAGCAUGUUAACCUCAGACAGAAAUUGGCCAGGAGUGCAAAGAACCGCCGCAGACUGGCCAAUAAACCUCAGGACUUUCAGAUCCGAGUUCGCAUCAUUGAGGCCCGUCAGUUGCCUGGCAACAACAUCAAACCAGUAGUGAAAGUUAAUGUGUGUGGACAGACCCAUAGAACAAGGAUCAAAAGAGGAAACAACCCUUUCUUUGAUGAAAUGUUCUUCUACAAUGUCAACAUGCUACCAUCUGAUCUGUUUGAACAGAAUAUCAGCUUUAGGAUCUAUAAUUCCUAUUCACUGAGGGCUGACAGUCUGAUGGGAGAAUUCAAGCUCGAUGUUGGAUAUGUGUAUGAUGAACCAGCCCACUGUGUCAUGCGGAAGUGGCUUCUUCUGAAUGACCCGGAAGAGUCCAGCUCUGGGGCUAAAGGCUACCUCAAAGUCACCCUCUUUGUUGUGGGUGCUGGAGACGAGCCCCCGGUGGAGAACAGAGAGUCGAAUGAUGACCAGGAUGACAUAGAGAACAACCUGCUGCUGCCGGCAGGGGUGACUCUGCGAUGGGCCACACUGUCACUGAAGGUGUUCAGAGCUGAGGAUAUUCCCCAGAUGGAUGAUGCAUUUGUCCAGUCACUGAAGGGAAUUUUUGGAGGGGAUGAAAACAAGAAGAAUCUAGUGGAUCCUUUCUUAGAGGCUCGCUUCGCUGGCAAAAAGCUGUGUACACAGAUCAUUGAGAAGAAUGCAAACCCUGAGUGGAACCAAGUACUGAAUCUUCAAGUCAAGUUCCCUUCCAUGUGUGAGCGCAUCAAAUUGACAGUGUUUGAUUGGGAUCGUGUAACUGGAAAUGAUGCUGUUGGCACCACAUACCUGAACCUGGCCAAGAUAGCCUCCUCUGGUGGAGAAGUGGAAGAGGAACAUGCGGGGAUGGGGGAAAUGACAUCCUAUGAAGCUAACACAGGAGAGUCUGAGGUGGGUUUUCUACCCGUCUUUGGACCUUGUUACGUAAAUCUUUAUGGCAGCCCCAGAGAGUUCACCGGUCUGCCAGACCCAUAUGAAGAUCUCAAUUUGGGAAAGGGGGAUGGAGUGGCGUACAGAGGCAGGAUUCUGGUGGAGCUGAGUACUAAACUGGAGGGAAAAGCAGACAAAGCAGUUGAUGGUAUCCCUAACGAUGACAUCCUCGUGGUGCAGAAAUAUCAGAGGAGGAGGAAGUAUUGCCUGUGUGCAGUUUUCCACAGCGCCUCCAUGAUACAGGAACCCGGAGAGCCAAUCCAGUUUGAGGUCAGCAUCGGUAACUACGGCAACAAACUGGACACUACCUGCAAACCAUUGGCAUCAACCACCCAGUAUAGCUGUGCUGUAUUUGAUGGUAACCAUUACUAUUACCUGCCCUGGGCUGGCACUAAGCCGGUCGUUGUGGUUAACUCAUUCUGGGAGGACAUCAGCCACCGCCUGGACGCUGUCAACAUCAUCCUCUACAUUACCAACCACCUGCAAUCCAACCUAGAGGUGUUUAAAACUGCUGUCUUGGCUAAAGUCUCUGACAACCAACUAGUGGAGGUGUGGCUGAAGUUGCUCAAUCAGUUGAUUGAAGAUCUAGAAAGUUUCCCAACUCCGGAGCUGGAGGGCCGCCCCAACCUGACAUCCUUAGACAUCCAGCUUAAGAAGCUGCGUGACAGUGCCUUAAAUACCAUCAAAGAAGGAGCAAAACGCAUGAGAGAGGAGGCCAGAGAGAUCAAGGAAACGCUGACUGACUUGGAGUCCUGGUUGGAUAAGCUUAAACAGCUGGCAGAAGAGCCCCAGAACAGCCUGCCUGACGUCAUCAUCUGGAUGCUUCGAGGUGAGAAGAGGGUUGCAUACAGUCGCAUCCCUGCUCAUCAAAUCCUCUUCUCCACAUACAGUGAGCAGGCCUGUGGUCAACACUGUGGCAAGAUGCAGACCGUCUUUUUACAGUACCCCAUGGAUAAAGCUAAGGGCUCGAAGGUCCCAGUUCAGAUAAGAGUCAACAUGUGGUUGGGUCUGUCUGCACAUGAGAAGAAGUUUAACUCCUUCUCUGAGGGAACCUUCAGUGUGUUUGCUGAGCUGUAUGAGAACCAGGCCAAAGUAUUUGGGAAGUGGGGAACCACAGGACUUGUUGGGCGCCACAAAUACUCAGACGUAACAGGCAAGCUCAAGCUGAAACAAGAGUACUUCAUGCCCCCCAGAGGAUGGGAGUGGGAAGAAGACUGGUUUAUCGACCCAGAGAAGGCACUGCUAACAGAAGCUGAUGCAGGACACACUGAAUUCAUGGAUGAGGUCUUCCAAAAUGAGACGCGCUUCCCCGGUGGAGAGUGGAAAGCUGCCUCUGAGCCCUUCACCGAUGUGAAUGGAGAAAAGAGUCGCAACCCUGGAGAAUUUGAGUGUCCUCCUGGUUGGAUGUGGGAGGACGAGUGGACGGUAGAUGACAACAGAGCUGUCGAUGAUCAGGGGUGGGAGUAUGGAGUGACCAUUCCACCAGAUGACAAGCCUCGGUCCUGGGUCUCUGCGGAGAAGGUUUACCACGUCCACCGCAGGAGACGACUGGUUCGACCCCGGAAGAGGGCCGCAGUUCCAGCAGGAUCAGCUGCAGAGAGGCGGGACCAAGGUGAUCCAGAGGGCUGGGAAUUCUCUUCUCUGAUUGGAUGGAAGUUUCACCAAAAGGAGCGUUCAUCUGACACAUUUCGUCGAAGGCGCUGGAGACGGAAGAUGGCACCAGAGGACCGUCUGGGAGCAUCUGCUAUCUUCCAACUGGAGGGGGCGCUUGGUAUUGAUACUGAGGAGAAAGAGAAGGGUUCCAAAGGAGACACCACCAAACUGUUUGGUGCCAAUACACCCACUGUGUCCUGCUCCUUUGACACAUCAUACAUGUACCAUCUUCGUGUCUAUAUUUAUCAAGCAAGAAACCUGGCAUCUAUGGACAAAGAUAGUUUUUCUGAUCCAUAUGCACACAUCUCCUUCUUGCAUGUCAGUAAGACAACAGAGAAGCUGCAAGCAACACUGAACCCCACCUGGGACCAAACUCUGAUUUUCAAUGAUGUGCAAAUUUACGGAGAUCCCCAGAGCAUUGCUAGCCGCCCUCCUGAUGUUGUGAUGGAGUUCUAUGAUCAUGACCAAGUGGGCAAAGAUGAGCUGCUGGGCCGUAGCGUUUGUCGCCCAAUGGUGAAGCUAAAUCCAGGAAUGGAGCAGACACCUAGACUGCUGUGGCAUCCCAUCAUCCAGAAGGGCCAGAGGGCAGGGGAGGCACUGGUGGCUGCUGAGCUCAUCCUUAAAGACAAGUCAGGUGAGACAGAUCUUCCUCUAGUUCCCCCAAAGAGAGCAGAGAACCUUUACAUGGUUCCUCAGGGUAUCCGGCCCGUGGUGCAGCUCACAGCUGUGGAGAUUCUAGCCUGGGGUCUGAGGAACAUGAAGCCUUUUCAGCUGGCCUCAGUGUCCUCACCCAGCCUGGUGGUGGAGUGCGGUGGACAGCGAGUGGAGUCAGCUGUCAUCAAGAACAUGAAGAAGAGCCCCAACUUCCCCACCUCAGUGCUCUUUAUCAAAGUGCUUCUUCCUAAGGAUGAGAUGUACACCCCUCCGAUUGUGCUGAAGGUGAUCGAUCACCGUCCGUUUGGCAGGAAGCCUGUGGUGGGUCAAUGCACCAUCACCUCUCUGGAGGAGUUCAGAUGCGACCCGUAUGUCAUCACUGCAGAAGGAGCCAUGUCUUCUAAAAUGGCUCUGAUGGCGGCCACCCCUUCCAAACAUCUCUCUAUUAACAUGGAGGAAACAAGACCACUUCUAGAAGCUCAGUUUAUGUACAGCAUGUCGGCUGCUGUCGACAAAAUGGCUUCUCCCACUUCCUCCCACUUUCAUGUAGAAAAGGAAAAGGAGACAGUUGACUGGUGGAGUAAAUUCUACGCUUCAACUGGAGACCAGGAGAAAUGUGGCCCUUACCUCAAGAAAGGAUAUGAUACGCUUAAAGUGUAUGACUCUGAUUUGGAGAGUGUCCCAGAAUUCAAAGGUCUGACUGAUUUCUGCGACACCUUCAAACUACUGCGAGGCAAGAAUGAAAGUGGGGAUGAUGACCCUACUGUGGUUGGAGAGUUUAAGGGUUCAUUUAAGGUGUACCCUCUGUCAGAUGACCCUGGUGUUGCUGCUCCUCCCCGCCAGUUCAGAGAACUGCCUGAAAGUGGUCCUCAGGAAUGUCUGGUUAGGAUUUAUGUGGUUCGGGCCAUUGAUCUUCAGCCCAAGGACAACAAUGGCAGAUGUGAUCCAUAUAUAAAGAUAUCCCUGGGAAAGAAAUCAAUUGAUGACCAAGACCAUUACCUGCCCAACACCACCAGCCCAGUGUUUGGAAGGAUGUUUGAGAUGACAUGCUUCCUGCCCCAGGACAAGGACCUGAAAAUCUCAGUGUAUGACUAUGAUCUCCUGAGCCGAGAUGAGAAAGUUGGCGAGACGGUGAUUGACCUGGAGAACCGCUUCCUGUCCCGGUACAACUCCUACUGCGGCCUGCCACAAACCUACUGCAUCACAGGGAUCAAUCAAUGGCGAGACCAGUUAAAGCCAUCUCAGAUCCUGGACAACCUGGCUCGGCUUAAAGGCCUGUCCAGACCUCGAACUGAAGACAACGGCACAUCAUUGACCUUCAAUGGCAAAGAGUAUACACUGGCUGAGUUUGAGGGCACCAAGGAAAUUCAUCAGCACCUGGGUCCGCCCCGAGAACGACUCUGUCUGCAUGUGCUGCGAACACAGGGUCUUGUCCCUGAACAUGUGGAGACCAGGACACUUUACAGCACCUUCCAGCCAAAUCUGUCUCAGGGAAGGCUUCAGAUGUGGGUGGACGUUUUCCCCAAAAGCAUUGGCAUUCCUGGACCUCCCUUUGACAUCACACCACGGAAGCCUAAGAAGUAUUUCCUGCGUGCGGUCAUCUGGAACACCACUGAUGUCACACUAGAUGAAACCAGCAUCACAGGAGAACACAUGAGCGACAUCUACGUCAAAGGGUGGAUGCCUGGGAUGGAGGAGGACAAGCAGAAGACCGAUGUCCAUUACAGGUCUCUGGACGGUGAUGGCAACUUUAACUGGAGGUUCGUCUUUGAGUUUGAGUACCUGCCUGCGGAACAACUCUGCCUCGUGUCCAAGAAGGAACACUUUUGGAGUCUUGAUAAAACAGAAUUCAGGAUUCCCCCCAAGCUGAUUAUUCAAAUAUGGGAUAAUGACAAGUUCUCAUUGGAUGAUUAUCUUGGUAUGGUGGAGCUGGAUUUGCGUAACCUGGUUCCCCCUGCCAAGACCCCAGAGAAAUGCUCCCUGAAGAUGAUAGAUGAUGUGGAAAUGGGCACACCACACAAGAUGGAGCAGGCAAAGUCUCUGUUUGCUCAGCAGUCUGUCAAUGGAUGGUGGCCUUGUUUCAUUGAACAGGAAGGAAACAGGGCCCUGGGUGGCAAAGUGGAAAUGACACUGGAGAUUGUAAGUGAAGCAGACGUAGAUGAGAGACCUGCAGGAAAAGGCCGAGAUGAACCCAACAUGAAUCCAAAACUGGACCCUCCCAAACGCCCAGAAACCUCCUUCUUUUGGUUCACCAACCCAUGCAAGACCAUGAAGUUCAUUGUAUGGCGAAGGUUCAAGUGGCUCUUCCUUGGUCUCCUCAUUCUGUUAAUAGUGGUUCUGUUUGUGGCCAUCCUGUUGUACUCUUUACCGAACUACAUCUCAAUGAAGAUAGUCAAACCAAAUGUCUAAAAUAACUCUGGAGGACAAAUCCGCAUCUGCAAGAUUACAGGAACUGGAAAACCACUGCAAAAUGAGUGACAUGUUUUUUUAUGCUUUUAAUUGAAUGGGAUGGGAACUAUGCACAUUUGCACUAUAUAUUUACACACUUACUUUACCAUAAACACUCGACCCACACUGCACUAUUGUGACAGACAAAACCAUGAAUGCUUAGAAAAUAGAAAUCCCUGUGCACUAUCAAGUAAUCUCAUGGAUACAUUUUACAGUCUCCAAAAGUUGGACAGAUUGACUCUUCUGUGGUGCUUUUAAAGUGUCAUUUGUGGUUAUUUUUUUAUGGAUCGCACAAUAUUUUAAGUGUUUAGAGUAGUCUAGUAUACUUGGUGUAGAGAAGACCAAAAAACCCAAGUAUUAUAUUGUAAAAUGGUUCUAUUCGAUUGGAUUAAUGUACAGGACUUUCUAUUUUCUUCUCACUCAGAGCAAAUGACAGUUAAGUUACCACCGGUGUCAAGUGUGCCUGUGUUUUUGUAUGUUCACAUAUCUUGUAAAUUAAAAAAAUAUUAAGCUUCAA